AUGGAGGAUGUAGUCAAUGAAAUUCGCCCAGAGCCAAAGUCCAAGUCAAAAGGUAAAAAGUCUGAAGAUAGUCCUCUACAGCCUCAGAAGGAUGAAAAUCCUGACUUGUGUGAGCCUGGACUCAAAGUUCCAAACUCUGUGCUGAACAUGUGUGGAGACUCUUUUACUGCUGCAGAUGAAAAAUGA